AGAAUCCAGUGCCCUACGGACUGAGCCAGGCAGGUGCCCCAAGCUUCACACUCAUUUAAAAAUAAUUAUUAGUCUUUUCUUAAAGAGCAGUUUUAGGGUUCCAGAAAAAUGCAGCCGCGAGUACAGACAAUAGGUACACAGGCCCAGCCUCCCCUACUCCCACCGCUGGUCCAGCCUUUCCAGCGGAGUCCGCGGCUCCAGCUCCGGGGCGCGUCCGCCUGUCCGGCCUCCACCCUCGCCCAGCUCCUCCCGAGCCCGCUUUGGAGGCUCUCCGCCCCCUGCGCCCAGCGCUAAAUGGGCCCCGCGAUGGUCUCCCCAGCCCGGCCCCACUGCGCCUCGAAGAGCGCGCAGGCAAGGCUCGGAGGCUUUGCACAUGCUGUUCCCGCUGCAGGCUCGCCGGGAUGUCCCUCCGCCCCCGGGGGCCUCCCUCCCUGACCCCCGCGGGCCCGCGCGUCCGCGCCCCGGAGCAGCGCUCUCCUCCCCCACCCCCCAGCCAGCCAAGGGGCGCCGACGCGGCGAUGGGGGCGGGCGGCCGGCCGGGGCGACAGCUGGGUGGGUGGCCCUGACCUUCCAGGUGGAUCGAUGAGGGGCGGCCCGCCCGCCCGGCUCCCGGGGGCUAUAAAGGGGCCACGCGGGGCUCGGGCGGUGGCAGCAGCGCUCAGCACCCCCGGCGCGCCCACCAUGGCCAUCCCGCCCCUGCCGCUGCUGUUGCUGCUGCCGCUGCUGCUCCGGGGUUCUGCCGCGCUCCCCGCGCCCCCCAGGGCCCCACGGCACUCGGACGGGACGUUCACCAGCGAGCUCAGCCGCCUGCGGGACAGCGCACGGCUGCAGCGGCUGCUCCAGGGCCUGGUGGGCAAGCGCAGCGAGCAGGACACAGAGAACAGCACCAGCUGGACCAAGCCGGCUGAGGGCCGCCUCUGCCCGCACUGGCCGGACACGCCCACCCUGCAGGCCUGGAUGCCCCUGAGGGACCCCCUGGAUCAGGCCUGGUCUCCCCAGCUGCCUCCUGGAUCCGGGUCUGGGACCUCGUUUUCAGAGCCAGCCAGCCCUGCUGUGGAGGGGACACAGAGGAGGCCCUGAGGAAGAAGGAACUUCCCGCCGGCUGCCACUGCAAGGGCCGCAGAGUGGAGCCUGGAGGGGGUGGGGAGGAGGGGGGGCUGCACGUGUCACCAAUAAAGGAGGAAUUCAGACCCUGGCCCCGUGAGCUCACUCUGCGCCAUCUCCCAGGGCAGGGCUGUCAGAAUGCAGGAGGGCCCUGACCAUGGCUCCUGGGACUGUGGCCACACCCAGCUGCCCUUUAAACCUGGGAAGCCAGUGGGGCGCCUCACCUCCCUUAUCUCUCCGGUCCCGUUGACCGAGCUCCCCAGAGACCCAUCUGCAUCCCUGCAUCGGCAAACACGCGGGGGCUCUGGGUGGACGGGUGGGUGGGGGGUACAGGAUGUCUGGCCCAGAGGCCACGUGUCCUGUCGGUGUGCGGAGCAGGUGGGGGGGGGGAAGUUAGGGGGCAAGGAGGCUCGAGCAGGAAGUGGUGACGGGCCGGGUGUCUCCCGGGGGGCCCAGGUGUCCCCUCCAGAGAGGAUGGAAGCUAUGUCUCGGCUCCUGCUCCAGGCUAUGUGGUCUCAAAUGGCUCCACCGCUCUGAGCCUGUGGAAUGGGGAUGGUGAUGAUACCCCAAGGGGAGCUGGGGUCUCCGGAAGCCACGCAGGCACCACCCACACACGCGCCAAUGCCAGGAGCCUGGGGCGGGCGGGCAGAGCAGCCAAGCAAAGGCCUAGAGGGGGAAGGGCCACAGCCCCCAUUGUCACAGCAGCCCCUCCCUCCUGUCCCCGGCCAGUGGCCUCUCCCCCGCUUCUGCUGAGGGCUUGGGGGGGCCAUUGGAGUAGGGCAGGUGGGGGCCUAGGCUGACGAGCCUUGCCAGGAACCCCUCUGUCAACCACCAGAACCCAUAGGGACCUCGGUUCCCCCCAGGAGCUCUCAACAGCCCCCUGAAGCACAGCCACCCCAUCUCUGCGGCCCGGCCCACCCCACACCCUUGGAGGAAACUGGUUUGUUUCCAGGAAAGGCAGGGUGACCCCAGGACACAAACAGCCUUUUCCUUGCAGACAGACCUAGAUGGUUGGUGUGGGGAGAGGAGGUGGACCUG